UUUCCUCUCUUUUGAAGUGAAGAACCAGCGCCGUGGCAAGGGUUUUACAAACUCGAAUUGCUCUCUAAUCUCUAUCUUUGCCCAAAAAAAAAAACAAAUCAGGUUCUCGCUUAGAUUUUAAUCAUUUUCUUGUAUUCUAAUUCCUAAAGGAGAAUGCCGUCUGAGGACUCAAAGGCCGUGAAGUUGAAAGAAGAGAAAGCGGAAGCAGAUGAGAAGAGUUUGAGUUCCAUUCUUCAAGCCCGCAAGAAGAAUCCUACAAAUGCUGGUACUUUAACCACCAAAUCUCGUCCCAAGGAUUCCAAAGUCAAGAAAGAGGAGCCCCAAGUUGAUGACAACGAUGAUGAUUUUGACAAAUCCGUUGUGGUCAAGAGCUCCUCAGGGUCUCGCCCCAAGACAUCUAAAGUCAAGAAGGAAGAAGAUGAUGAUGAUGAUCACAAACCCAUCUCCAAGAAGAACUCUCCUCCGAAGGAAUUGAAUAAGAAGAAGAAGAAGAAAGAGGAAGAGAAGAAGAAGGGAUCUGCAGUGACAGAGCAAAAUGGCAAAAAGAGGGAGAGGAAAGUCUAUGAAUUGCCUGGUCAGAAGCGAGACCCUCCUGAGGAGAGAGAUCCACUUAGGAUUUUUUAUGAGUCGCUUUAUCAGCAGCUUCCCAAUAGUGAAAUGGCACAAAUCUGGAUGAUGGAAUCCGGUUUGCUCUCCAAAGAAGAGGCAAAGAAAGUUUAUGAGAAGAAACAGAAGAAGAAUCAACUGAAACUGAGUUCCCCGAUCAAAGCAGUUGCCUCAACAAAGAAGACCCAAUCUGCGACCGUUGUUAAGAAAAAGACACCAUCAACCCCAGCACCAUCAGUUAAAAAGAAGACAACAGAAACAAAGGUUGAAAAGCAGCAGCCAAAGAAGCGCAAGAUUGGAGAUGGAAGCUCUGAAGAAGAUUCUGAUGAUGAUUUCGUACUCAGUAGGAGCACAAAGAAGCAGAGAGCAUCUUGAGCAAACCGCUGCGGCAUCUCAUCUUAUUAAUUUCUCUAGGGCGUUGUUUACAAUAUCGCUAAUUCACUAAAUUUACAAUCUACUCUCACUGAUUUAAAAUACAUUUUAGCAGAUAUUCUUGUUUUUAAAAGAAUUAUGAGUUCGACAAA